AUGUUUGUCCAAAAGUCCCCAAACUUUUUUUAUAACCAACAACAACAACAACAACAACAAUCGCCAUUGUUUUUUGGAGCAAGUAACUCGACGACCAGUAGCAACCACAGUACUCCGCCAAGUCUCAAACAAGGAUUCCAGCCGCCCAGUAACAGUAGCAGUCCAACCUACCAACUCAAACCACAUCCAAGACAAGUCCAACAAGAACAACAAGAACAAAUCCAACAAUUACAACAACAAAAAUUACAACAACAACAAAAACAACAGCAACAACAACAAAGACAUUCACAAAGCUUCCAAGCAUACCAACCACCACCAACACCACCACAACAAUACUAUAGUAACUCUUUGAAAAGUAGUUCUGGAAGUAAUAGUAGUAAAAGUAGUAGUAGAAGUAACGUUUCCAGUAGUUCACUUGCCGAUAAUAGUUACCGUGUAAAUAAUAAUAGUAAUAGUAGUAGUCGUGGUAAUAGUAGACCUGUUAGUCAAACUUAUCAACAAAAACAAAUCAAUCAAUACUUUAAUCAACAACAACGAUCACAAUCUCAAAUCCAACUUCCUGUUCAUCAACAACAACCCAAAAGGUUCCAAAGAUACAGUAAUCAAUUUGAAUUUGUUUACGACUCUGAUCAUCAAGAUUAUCAACAACCACAAUACUCUUAUUAUCAACCAAGACAACAAAAACAACAUCAAUCAUCUUUAAAGUUAACUCAAACUUUAUCUCCUCCUCAACAACAACAACAACAAACAUUUAAACAACAAUCAUCUUUAAAACAAACUCAAUAUCUAUCUCCUCCUCAACAACAAUAUCGUCAAGAAGAAGAAGAAGAGGAAUAUUAUCAACAAGAGGAAGAAGAAGAAUUUGAACAAGAAUUUGAGGAAGAAGAAGAAGAAGAAGAUUUUGAACAAGAGGAUUUUGAGAUAGUACAAUCAAAUCAAUAUCGUCAAAAUCAACAAGACUUUGAACAAGAAGAAGAGUUUGAAGAACAAGAAGAGUAUCAACAAGAUCAAGAAUUUGAAGAGGAAGAGGAAAGAGAAUAUUACGACGACGACGAAGAAGAUAGAGAAUAUUACGACGAAGACGAAGAUAUGGAACCAACAAUAGUAGAAGUUAUUGCACCAAAGAUUAAUCACAAGGAGGUAUCUUUGAUUAAUACACAAGCAGAAGAUGGUAGUGUUCAUAAAUAUUCUGAAGAAGAAAAAGUUGCUUAUUCUAAAUUUAUAUCUGAAAGAUUAAGUGAUAAAAUUGUAGAAUUAAAGAAUUAUAUCCCAAUUGAUCCAACAUCUGAUCAAUUAUUUACAAAUUGUAAUGAUGGUGUUUUAUUAAAUAAAUUGAUGGAAUCAUUAUUCCCAAGUCAAGUAGAAUUAAAAGGAUUAGUUAUAAAGAUUAAAAUGAAUCCAUUUGAAAAAGUACAAAAUCAAAAUAUUGUUAUCAAGAAUGCAACCAAGGUUGGAUGUAUUAUUGUUAAUAUUGGUGCUGAAGAUUUAGUCAAUGCAACACCCUACCUUGUACUUGGUAUCAUUUGGCAAAUUAUUAAAUCUGGUCUACUUUCACAGGUCAAUCAAAAUGCCAAUGAAAUUUUAGAGAUUCUUUUCGAUGAAGAGGAACAGACCGAUCACACUGACGGUGAGAAUGACCAAAAGGUUGAAUUACACGCCAAAGAGGAGCACUCGGCCGAACAAAUUCUCAUUCGUUGGGUCAAUUAUCAUUUGGAAAAGGCUGGUAUCGAGAGAAGAAUUUCCAACUUUUCAGAAGACAUUCAAGACAGUAUUGUAUAUUCACAUUUGUUUUCACAAUUGGUACCAACCGACUUUCAAGAUUUGGUUCAACGUGCUCAAAAUGAACCAAACCUUUUUGUUCGUGCUGAAUUAAUCACCUCUGCUUGUGAAAAAAUUGGUGUCAAAUGUUUCCUUACUCCUUCUGAUAUUGCUCUUGGACAUCCAAAAUUAAAUUUAGCAUUAGUAGCAUCAUUAUUUAAUUCUGAAGCAGCUAUUACCAAUUUAAGAAAGGAAAGAGAGGAUAAACAAAGAUCGGAACAAGAAAGAGCUGAAAAGGAAAGAUUGGAACGUGAAAGAUUGGAGCGUGAAAAAGAUGAAGCCGAAAGAGUUGAACGUGAAAGAAUGGAACGUGAAAGACUGGAUCGUGAACAUGAAGAGAUGUUAAGAGUGGAGAGAGAGAUUGCAGAACGUGAACGUGUGGAACGUGAACGUAUUGAACGUGAACAUGAAGAAGCUGAAAGAGCCGAACAUGAACGUUUGGAACGUGAACGUUUGGAACGCGAACACGAAGAAGCUGAAAGAGCCGAGCGUGAACGUAUUGAUCGUGAACGUUUGGAAAGAGAAUUGGCAGAACGUGAAAUGGCCGAACGCGAACGUUUGGAAAACCAAAAAGAGUAUCGUAUUGCCACUAGAAUCCAAAAGAUCGUCGUCGACAAUCCAGACAUGACACCAACCGAAAAUGUCAAGCUCGUCGGUGAUAUCCAAGAACUCAAGAGAAACAUUGUCGGUGAACUACGUAACACUCGUCAUCUUCAAUCUGAACUCUCCAAAAUCACAAAAUCGAUCGAUCGUGUCUUGGAAAACAAAAAUGAAGGAAAGAAAUUAAAGAAAUCCUCUUCCAUCAAAAAGAAAAUUAAACCUGUCAAAGGUGCUCCAAAUGGUUUAAAUCCAACUAAAAUGAAGAAUUAUCAAUGUUUAUUUUAUUAUUUACAAAAUCAACCACAAGUAUUUGGUAAAUUAAUGUAUUUGAUGGUACCAAGUCAAUUGUCAAAGACAUUUAACAAUUUGAUUUUGAGUAUUUUCCCAUACGAGAUUUCACCAAGAGAAGAGGACUUGUUCUUGCGUGCUAUAUCGAUGGCAUUGGAGUACCAGAUGAACGACGUUGCUACAUUGACCGAGUUUAUGACAUUGGACUCUGUACCCAACAAAUUGUUGAAUGACUAUUUCAAAAAGAAGGGUCUCAAGUAUUUACAAGAAGUUGUACGUCCCAUGGUAUUGCAGGUACUCGACAACAAGGAUUUAAAUCUAAAUAUUGACCCUGUUUGGAUUCACAAACAAAUCCAAAAUGAAAAGGCAAUCAAAGAAGGUAAAAAGUCGGAAAAGAAUAGUCUUACCCCACAACAAUGUCUCGAGAAUGCUCAAGUCAAGGAGCUGUACGAGUCACGUCUUGCAUCACUACUCGAUAUUGGAAAUGACUUUGUUAAUCGUAUUGCUCGUUCCAUUGACCAUAUUCCAGUUCAACUGCGUUUCUUGACCCGUGUCAUUAUUGAAAAGUCAGAGGCUGGUGGUGUACGUCGUGGUGCAGAGGACCCCAAGAGCUACGUACCUUAUUUCCUCAUUGUCUACCGUUACAUUGUGUCGGUGAUUGCUUCACCCGACCUUUUGCACGAGCUAGUGUUGUUGCAACACCCUCUCAUCUCGCGUGACCAACGUACCAACCUGUCAAUGAUUGCACGUCUCUUGCAAGCCACCUUUACCAACAAGAUGUGGGAGCAACCGGUCGCAAGUACCAAGUUGGCUGCCUGGAUCGAGCAACACCACAUUGUCGCCAACAAGUUUGUCACCUCGCUUCCCCAAGUCGGCGAGCUCGACGAUCUCAUCCACUACCGCGACUAUAACGAGGUCAUGACCGAGAAUGCAAUUGGUUUUAGCACUGUCAUUAAUCUUAGUGAGGUUAUUUGGUUGCACGACACUUUACUCGACUCUUAUUUCGGUCUUGAAGAUGUUGGUCGUAUCCCAGGUUAUGAAUUCCAAAAAUCACUCAACAGCGCACACAAUAACAAUCGUUUGUCGAUGCAAGUUGGGUCGUCACCCUUUGGUCAUGGUGAUCGUCGUCGCUACCAAGCACACACCAACCACAACAACAGUGGUCCCAACAAGGGAUGGUGGAUGUCAUGGUGUUUGGAUCUUUUAGAAGCACCACUCGAGUUGCCCGAGCAAGGAGACCGUUCCAUCCAACUCACCUUUAUCAACCGUAUCGAGAACCCAGACGACGGUCUCUACGCACCCGACCUUUUCCGUGAGGCCAAGCUUUGGAUGAUUGAAAUCCUGGCCAAGAUCCCACCACCCAAAAAGGACAUCAACUCGAUUCAAAUCCUUCGCGACGCCAUCCAAUUUUGCAAGACCUCUAAUCACAACCACGAAAACAUGGCCAUUAUCGCAAAGUGUGACCAACUCAUCGAACGUAUCAAAUCGUUCCGUGCCGAGCAAGUAUCGAGUCAACCCGAAGUCUAUGACUUGUUCUUACUCGAAUGUGAAAAGGAAGUUGAAACUGUACUCCGCAAGAACCGUCUCAUGCGUACUGAACUCAACCGUCUCCACGCUCUUCUCAAGCAGAUCCGUAUCGACGCUGCCCCACUCUCCAAGCUCGUUCAACUUCAAAGUGAACAACUUUCAAAGGCCAUUGCCAAAAAGGAACUCAAAAACGUUGUCAAAAAACUCAAAGACACCAAAUUGGACAACAACAAACCAGUCAAGUUUGCAUUCUCUGACCUCGUUAAAAAGGGUAUGAUUGUCAAUUCUGAACUACCAGAAACAUCCUUUUCAAAGACCACCGUCGUCAUUAAACCAAUUGGAGGUGGUGUCUAUGAAAUUGAAGCCAAGAUUGGUCCCAUCUCUAAAACUGUCACUCUCGAACUUGACAGUCUAUUGGAAUUCUCAAAGAAUCAUGUUGAUGAAUAUCCACUUGAAGGUAUUACUCUUGAUGUAAAUUUAACUAUUCAUACUUUAAUGAAAACUUUUAAUCUUUAA